UCCCUCCGGCCCACCUGGCCGCCAUGCGCCUCUCCUCCUCCCCACCUCGUGGCCAGCAGCAGCCCUCCAGCUUUGGCUCUGUGGACUGGCUCUCCCAGAGCAGCUGCUCAGGGUUGACCCCCACGCCCAGGCCUGCCGACGUCUCCCCGGGGAGCCUCCCUGGCCCGGGCCAGGUAUCCGGCGCCCGGGAGCCCCCUCAGGCCAUCAGCAUCAAGGAGGCCGCCACGUCCUCAGAUCUGCCUGCGCCGGAGAGGACCGUGGCUGGGUUGAGUAAGGAGCCAAAUACCUUGCGGGGCCCCCGUGUCCGCACAGCCUUCACCACGGAGCAGGUCCGCACCUUGGAGGGCGUCUUCCAGCACCACCAGUACCUGAGCCCUUUUGAGCGGAAGAGGCUGGCCAGGGAGAUGCAGCUCUCAGAGGUCCAGAUAAAAACCUGGUUUCAGAAUCGCCGGAUGAAACACAAACGGCAAAUGCAAGAAGUCCCGCCGAACAGCCCCUUCCUGGGGUCUCUCCACGUGCCCCCAGCUUUCCACUCACCGUCUUCUGGCCUUGCCAAUGGCCUGCAGCUGCUGUGCCCUUGGGCACCCCUGCCUGGGCCCCAGGCUCUGAUGCUGCCCCCGGGCUCCUUCUGGGGUCUCUGCCAAGUGGAACAGGAGGCCCUGGCCUCUACGGGGGCUUCCUGCUGCAGGCAACCUCUGGCGCACCACCCCCCAACCGCAGGAAGUGGCCUGCCUGCACCGGGACCAGCCCUGUCCACGGGGCCCUGGGGCCUGUGCGCUCUGCCGGAGACAGGGGAUGCCUUUUGAGGAAGCGCCUCUGACUCUCCCACGCUCACGGUCUGGCGGAUUGCACCUGGCUCCUAUCUGGAGGACUCAGCUGUUGUGUUUACAUCGUGGUGGCGCCUCUCACCCUGACCACACGAAGAUUCUGGAGAUUUCUGGAGAAUAGAUAUAUAUGUAUGUAUGUAUCUCUCUCUCUCUAUAUAUAUAUAUGUAUAUGUGUAUAUAUAUGUAUUUUUUUUUUUUUAAGACAGAGUCUUGCUCUGUCGCCCAGGCUGGAGUGCAGUGGCGUGAUCUUGGCUCACUGCAACCUCCACCUUCCGGGUUCAAGCGAUUCUCCAGCCUCAGCCUCCUGAGUAGCUGGGAUUACAGACGCACGCCACCACGCCCAGCUAAUUUUUUCUAUUUUUAGUAGAAACGGGAUUUCACCAUGUUAUCCAGGCUUGUCUUGAACUCCUGACCUCGUGAUCCGCCCGCCUUGGCCUCCCAAAGUGCUGGGAUUACAGGCAUGAGCCACCACUCCCGGCCCUGAGAAUAUAUUUAUUAAAGCCACCUCUUCACUGAAAGUUACCGAAAGGGUCGGUUUAGGAAGUAAAUGAAGGGUCAGUGAACAGAGUCAGAUGCAGAAGUGGGCUUGUCAUGGGUAGGGCUUUCAGCGUACGAUAAAAGGAUCAUUUGUUUUUUAAGAAGUGUUGGAAAAACUGGUUUUCCAGUUGGAAACAGUAAAGGUGGUAAGCUUUGUGUGUAAAAAAGAAAACCAGGAAGGAUUGGAAGGGAAUGCAGGUGUCGUGUUUACAGCCUUGUGGUUCAAGUCCCUCUUAACAAGAACUCCAAAGCUGGAAAGCAGGAGGGAACAGGUGAAAAUGAAGGCGGGGAUGCUGGGGUCCUGCAGUGUGCUCUGGGCGGUGCGUGAGCCGGGACUGCCCACGGCCUACUGGAGGCUGCUCUUCUCCAGCCCGGGAAGGUGGGGCAGCUGGGACCUGCGGCUGUGCCUGGACUGAAGCUGUCCCGCAGGUCCCCACCCUCCAGCACCAGCUCACCUGCCCCCUCCUCACAGCAGCCUCGGGACAAAACAGAAUGACUCAAGGACAGCACUUCCUGCAGAAGGUCUGGAAGUGCCCAGAAUGGGAGGCUGGGAAGCCCCUCCCGGGGAGAACUCCCCCAUGGAUGGACCAUUCUUGGUGCAGACUCCUGACUGCAUGCGUGGAAACUUAGACAAGUGAGCAUCCGUCCACGUCGCCUCAGAGUGCCCAGGGGGCAGGCAGUGCAGGGCGCCCAGGCGACAGGUUCAGCCUGCAGGACUGCGACCUGUGAAACCCACCCGGGCACCCCAACAGGAGCAGAAGCGUGGUCCUGCGGCCGUGUCCACAGCGAGUUCCACUUUCCCCUUGCUCGCUUCUGCCUUGUUGGAAGUGUUUACAGCUGGAUGUGAUUUUAUAAUACAACGCCAGGUAAGAGGAGAACAGGUGCUGUGCGUCCGUCCUGGUGAGUGACCAUGUGAGGGAAGCCUGGGUGAGGCCCUUGGAGGGCAGUGGCUGGACAGGGGCUCCUGGUGGGGCCUGGGCAGCACUGGUUUGUGGAUGUGGAUUUGUGGAUGUGGAUGGGGGCACAUCCGUGAUAAAAGUACAAGUGCCCCUCGCC